GGCGAGGGAGGGGGGAACACAAAAGUUGCAAAUGUUUGGAGGAGGACGCGGCCAAACCACGGAGAGGAGACGCACAGAAGACGAAGGAGAGGAAGAGGAGGAGGAGAGAGCAAGAGGAGCUGCCGUCGCACUCUCUGGUGCAGGGGGUCUCUUCCACUGCAAAAUGUCCAGCAAGGCCACCCUCGCCUUGCUCAUCUGCGGCUUGAUCACACAGCACAGCAGCAACGCGGCACACGUCAACCUCGGAUUUCCACAUGUUACACUGGAAGGCGAAGCGUACGACGAGGACGGCAACUCUCUACCGUCUUUGGAUUACGAGCGUGAGCAGAUGGAGGUGAGGAGCCCCCCGACGGGGACGCAAGACCUCUACUCCCUUUAUUACCCACCUGCCGACCAAAGGAUGGAAAGGCACGCGGACGGCAUGUUCAACAAAGCAUACAGAAAAGCGUUAGGUCAGUUGUCGGCCAGGAAGUAUCUUCACUCCUUGAUGGCCAAGCGCGUCGGCGUGGGCAAGGCGUCGGACGAGAUCGGCGAGCCGCUGUCCAAGCGCCACUCGGACGGCAUCUUCACGGACAGCUACAGCCGCUACCGCAAGCAGAUGGCGGUCAAGAAGUACCUGGCGGCCGUGCUGGGGAAAAGGUACAGACAGAGAGUUAGGAACAACAAAGGACGCCGGCUGGCUUUCUUGUAGCAUCCCGCCGAUGACGUCGUCAACGUGUCGAGCGCUUUUGUAUUGAUUUCCGUAAGAAGGAAGCCAUGGAAAUGAAUAUUUUGAUAAGAAUACAGUUUUAUUUUGUACUCUGAAAGCAUGAGUGUGUGACAUACUUCCAAUGGGGAUGUUUUGGUUGUCUUUUAAAGAUUUAAAAGGGGGGAAGAAAUGCUUUCAAAGACAUUAAGCUGCUGUAGUUGUGUCGUUUAUCCUAAACAGACUUGAGGACUUAGAUUUGCAAGGCGUCAACUUUGACGCACUCCUGGAUGGUGAUGACUUUGAGGCUUUUCAGGGGGACUGGCUCAAAAAGCUACCCCCAAAUUUCCUGGUGAGUUGGUUUUAGUUUGGCGGUCUCUAUUCUGUUCCAAAAUUCAUUCAUCUAUCCCAAAUCAGAGGAUUUCAAAAGUAUGUGUUGGGCUCUUUGGGGUUCUUUUCUUUCACAAGUGAGCUUAAAUCUUCCGAUCUUGUCAAGUGCCAAUGUUGUGUUUAAGUGUGUGGAACAAAAAAAAUAUAAUCUUCUUGUGGUGGUCUCGCUGAGCAUGUAAUAAGUAUCAGCAUUAAAAGUAAAGAAAAUAAAGAAAACAGAAAUAUGCACCUUAGUAAGACCUGCUUUACAAUUUGUCAAAUUUUAACUGGACCCCCAUGUUAAGAUCUUCAAAAAUAUUUUUUGAUGACUUUUUUUUUUACCUGCUAACAAUAACAUGACAUCCAAAAGAUGACUUUUUAUAUAAUUUCUCGUGGAUUGUUUUUGGUAAUUUGCAAACAAACAGGCAGUUGCAGUACCACUCCAGUCCUGGAGGAGGCUGUAAUGGGCCAAAGUCACCAAAGUUACUAUUAGCUUCAUCUUUUGACCACAGUAAUCCCCCGAUCAAAGCAGAAUUUAUAAUCCCAAAUUGGAAAAUCUGCACCAUAUCUACUUGAAAAUUUCAUAAAUUCGGUCUUCUCCACUGCUCUACGAAGAGUCUCAAAAAUAUUUUGGCUAUUUUUUAAGGCUUUGCAAAUUAACUGUGUUAUCUUACAAAUCAAUGCAUUUAACUAUUUUAACCUUCCCAUUGAGUGAAUAUAACUCAACAUUUCUUCAAAAUUGCAGUACAGUACAAUUAAAAGUGUGCUAAAUGCUUUUGAAUUAACAAUCAAAUUGUGUGUAUCUAAUGCGAUUAAUUGAAAUUAAUCGAAACCAAAAUGUGUAAUUAUGGUAUUUUAAAUUUAAAUACAUAUUCUUAUUGGCUAUGAUCAUAAAAGUGUGCUAAAUACUACUUUUCAUUUCAUUAUCGGAAUGUGUGUAAAACAAUGCGAUUAAUCGAAGUUAAUCUAAUUCGAUUAAUUCCAACCAAAAUGUGUAAUUAUGCUAUUUAGAGUCAAAAUACAUAUUCCUAAUGGCUUUUAUCAUUAAAGUGUGGUUAAUACCACUUGUGAAUUCAUAAUCUGACUGUGUAUACGUCAAUGCGAGUAAUUGCAGUUAAUCUCAUGCGAUUAAUCGCAACCAGAAUGUGUAAUUAAAUCAUUUUGAGUUCAAAAACACAUUCUUAUUGGCUUUCAUAAUAAUAGUGUUUUAAAUACUACUUUUGAUUUCAUUUUCGGAAUGUGUGUAAAACAAUGCGAUUAAUCGCAGUUAAUCUAAUGUGAUUAAUCCCAACCAAAAGGCGUAAAUAUGGUAUUUUGAGUUAGAAUGCAUAUUCCUAUUGGAUUUUAUCAUAAAAGUGUGCUAAAUACUACUUCUGAAUUAAUAAUCGGAUGGUUUAUAUGCGAGAAAUUUCAGUUAAUCGGAUGCGGCUAAUCCCAAACAAAAUGUGUAAUUGCGGCAUUUUGAGUUAAAAUACACAUUCCUAUUAGCUUUUAUAAUAAAAGUCUGCUAAAUACUACUUCUGAAUUCAUAAUCAGAUGGUUUAUAUGUGAGUAAUUUCAGUUAAUAUGGUGCGAUUAAUCGCAACCAAAAUGUGUAAUUGCGGCAUUUUGAGUUAAAAUACACAUUCCUAUUGGCUUUCAAAAUAAAAGUGUGCUAAAUACUACUUUUGAUUUAAUUAUCGGAAUGUGUGUAAAACAAUACGAUUAAUCGCAGUUAAUCUAAUGCGAUUAAUCCCAACCAAAAUGCGUAAACAUGGUACUUUGAGUUAAAAAACAUAUUCCUAUUGGCUUUUAUCAUAAAAGUGUGCUAAAUACUACUUCUGAAUUCAUAUUCAGAUUGUGUACCGGUAUAUGCGAGUAAUUUCAGUUAAUCUCAUGCGAUUAAUCGCAACCAAAAUGUAUAAUUAUGGCGUUUUGAGUUCAAAUACACAUUCCUAUUGGCUUUCAUAAUAAAAGUGUGCUAAAUACUACUUUUGAUUUCAUCAUCAGAAUGUGUAUGACAAUGCAAUUAAUCUCAUUUAAUCUCAUGCAAUUAAUCACACAUGAACUGUAAAGUAUUUGCCCAGCCAUACUAACAAACUAAUAAAUAUAUACUUGUUACAUGGUUGUUCUCAGUGAGAGACGCAAGUUUUGCACCUUCUGGCUCCGCUUCUGUGCUUUCUGUUUCUCUUUUUUUCCCCAUCAAACUUUGUAAAAAUAGCAUUGACGGCGAUAGACGUCCAAUCUGUUUGAACUGAGAGGGCUGGCAGUGCAACCUCUCAGUUCAAACGGAUUGGACAUCUAUCGCCGUCAAUGCUAGCUAGCCAACUCACGUGAAUGUAAAAUGGCUUUCUGAGAGGUUCAUAAUGUCGUCUUUUGACAUUUUAAUUUAAUUUAAUUUUAAUUAUCAUGUAUGGAAAGUUGCAACUGAAUGCUUUUGUGUUAACUUUCCUUCAGGACUUGUGACGCGGGAAGCAGUUUUAGCGGCUACGCUACUUUUUUUUUUUUUUUUUUUACAUUAAAAAAUGGCCCUGAAUGACAGACGGCUAUUUAAGUGGCCCUACAAUGCUGCACUUCAUCAACUCAUAUUUCAUUUUUUUGCUUGUUUACCCUUCACACAGCGUUUUUUCCCCUCUUUUUAAUCUGGAGGGAAGGAAAACGUCCCAUGUGUACGAUAAGAGCCUUACCAAAAUGAGAGUUCUAUUUACUGUGCAGAACGUGGUUGUUAUUAUCAUUAUUAGAAGAUGUGGUUAAGUGUUGUAAGAUUUG